AUGGUGCAGAAGCACCUGGAGAGCCUCCAAAGCUACUGUGGGAACGGCUUGGAGACAGAGCCCAUGGUGCAGAAGCACCUGGAGAGCCUCCAAAGCUACUGUGGGAACGGCUUGGAGACAGGUGCCCUGCAGAGACUCACCAACCUGCUGCUGGUGGAAGGCCUGACCGACAUCCAGCAGCAGGAGCACGACAUCCUGCAGAUUGAAACCACCAAAGGCCUGCCAAACACAUCCAAGAGCAUCCCUCUGGAGAAGCUCUUCCUGCCUCUCUCCAAGGUCAGCAUCCCACCACGGGUCUCUGUCACCACCGGCGUGGCUGGGAUUGGCAAGAGCACGCUGGUGAAGCUGUUUGUCUACACCUGGGCGAAGGGGGAGAUCAACAGGGAUGUCCUGUUUGUGCUGCCCCUCACCUUCCGGGAGCUCAACACCCACGAGAGGCUCUCUGCAGAGAGGCUCAUCUGCUCAGCGUUCCCUCACAUCACUGAGCCCAGCUGCAUCCUGGCGGGAGCCGCCAGGACCCUGCUCAUCCUCGACGGCCUGGAUGAGUUCAAGACCCCUCUGGAUUUUUCCAACGCGCUGGUGUGCACCGACCCCAAAAAGGAGAUCCAGGUGGACAACCUGAUCACCAACAUCAUCCGGGGCAACCUGCUGCAGGAGGCUUCCGUCUGGGUCACAGCGCGGCCAACGGCGGCCGCACAGAUCCCCGCGGGGCUGGUUGACAGGAUGACGGAGAUACGAGGGCUUGGGGCUGCGGAGAUAAAGGACUUCUUGGACCAGAUGUUCCUGGAUGACAGAGACCUCUCCAGCCAGGUCCUGCAGCACAUCAGAGCUAACAGGUCGUUACGUGUCCUGUGCACUGUUCCUGGCCUUUGCAGGAUUUCUGGCUCCUCGAUCGCCCAUUACCUAAAAACCAGCGCGGGUCAACCCCAAGAAACAACCGUUGUCCCCAGGACCCUUUCCGAAAUCUACUCCUAUUAUUUUAAAAUGGCUCUGAGCAGUGACUGGCCAGAAAAGCCAAGAGAAAGCCUCAGGAUCGAGCAGGCUGUGAGCAACAGCAAGAAGAUAGUGGGCAGCCUGGGCAGACUGGCCUUCUACGGGCUGCUCAGAAAGAAACACGUGUUUUACGAGCAGGACAUGAAGGCACACGGCAUCGACCUCUCCUUGCUGCAGAGCAGCCUGGGCACUCGACUCCUGCUCAAGGAGGAGAUGCAGACCUUCACAGCCUACUACUUCUCCCACUUAACCAUACAGGAGUUCCUGGCAGCUCUUUAUUACUACACGGCGGCCAAGCGGGCGAUAUUCGACCUCUUCACUGAGAGCGGGAUGUCCUGGCCCAAGCUGGGCUUCCUCAGCCACUUCAAGAGCGCCGUGCAGAGGUCGCUGCAGGCAGAGGACAGGCAGCUGGACAUCUUCGUUCGCUUCCUCUCCGGGCUCCUCUCCCCGCAGGUGAACAAGCUGCUCUCCGGGUGGCUCCUGGUGAAGGAUGAGCAGAACGGCUUCAGGAGCCAAGCGAUCACCUUCCUGCAGGGCUGCCUCAACACCGACUACGCCAUCUCCCUGCGCACGGUGAACACCGUGCGCUGCCUGUCCGAGAUCCAGCACAUGGAGAUCGCCAACGCCGUGGAAGAGGCCAUGAAGAACAAGAGCCUGGCCGGGAUGCUCACCCCUGUCAACUGCUCUGCCCUGGCUUAUCUCCUGCAGGCCUCUGACGUCUGCAUGGAGGAGACAAACCUGUCCAACUGCCUCACCUACAAUGUCUGUAAGAGCCUCCUCUCCCAGCUCCUCUUCUGCCACAGCCUCAGGCUGGACAAUAAUCAGUUCAAGGACAAUGUGAUGGAGCUGCUGGGCAGUGUGCUGAGUGUGAAGGACUGCCAGAUCCAGAAGCUCAGCUUGGCAGAAAAUCAGAUCAGCAACAAGGGAGCCAAAGCACUGGCCAGGUCGCUGCUGGUGAACAGAAGCCUGAUGGUGCUGGACCUGAGGAGCAACUCCAUCGGCCCCGCCGGAGCCAGAGCGCUGGCUGAUGCGCUGAAAAAGAACCAAACCCUGCUCUCCCUGAACCUCCAGCACAACACCAUCAAAGAGGACGGUGCCACCUUCCUGGCCGAGGCCCUGCUGACCAACCACAGGCUGGUGACCCUGCACCUGCAGAAAAACGCCAUCGGAGCCCAGGGCGCCCGGAAAAUCGCGGAGGCGCUGCAGCAGAACCGCAGCCUGAGGGAGCUGACACUCUCCAGCAAUUCAGUGGGAGACAACGGUUCUGUUGCCUUGGCCGAAGCUCUGAGGGUGAACCACAGUCUGCAAAGCCUUGACCUCCAGAGCAACUCCAUCAGCAGUGCAGGGGUCACAGCACUGACAGCAGCUCUCUGCUCCAACAAGGGACUCCUCAGCCUCAACCUCCGUGAGAACUCCAUCAGCAAGGAGGGGGGCCCUGCCAUCGCUCGUGCCCUGCGGACCAACAGCACCCUCAGGAAGCUGGACUUAGCGGCAAACCUGCUGUGUGACGAAGGCGGCAGAGCCAUCGCUUCAGCCAUCAAAGACAACCGGGCACUCACAUCCCUGCACUUGCAGUGGAAUUUCAUCCAGGCAAAAGCUGCCAUGGCCCUGGCACAAGCACUGCAGUCCAACAGCAGCCUGGCCAGCCUUGACUUGCAGGAAAAUGCCAUCGGAGACGAGGGAAUGGCCGCCCUCUCUGUGGCACUGAAGGUCAACACGACCCUGGCAGAUCUCCACCUGCAAAUGGCUUCGGUUGGGCCAGCUGGUGCCCAAGCCCUGGCAGAAGCUCUGAUGUUCAACAAGAGCCUGCAGAUCCUGGACUUGCGGGGAAACUCCAUCGGCGUGGCAGGGGCCAAGGCCAUGGCCAAUGCGCUGAGGGUGAACAGCAGCCUGCGCCGGCUCGACCUGCAGGAAAACUCCCUGGGCAUGGACGGAGCCAUCUGCAUCGCCACCGCCCUGAGGGGCAACCACGGCCUCACCUACGUCAACCUGCAGGGGAAUCGCAUCGGCCAGUCGGGAGCCAAGAUGAUCUCGGACGCCAUCCGGACAAACUCGCCCAACUGCGUGGUGGACGUGUGA